UGAGAAAAAUGGCGAGUUGGGCGCAUUCAGUCAUGGUUGUUCUAGCUAUAAUCUUGUUGCCAAUUAUGGUUGAGACCAAGGUUUGGCAUUACAAGUUCAAUGUUGUAAUGAAGAACUUUACUAGGCUGUGUGAAACUAAGCCUAUAGUUACUAUAAAUGGAAAGUUUCCAGGGCCGACUUUGUAUACCAGGGAAGAUGAUAGAGUCAUUGUUAAACUAGUGAACAACGUACCACACAACAUUACGAUCCACUGGCAUGGAAUCCGGCAACUAAGAACAGGGUGGUCAGACGGGCCAGCUUAUGUAACUCAAUGCCCGAUACAAUCUGGCCAAAGCUAUCUUUACAAAUUUAACGUUACGGGACAAAGGGGCACACUUCUUUGGCAUGCACAUAUCACCUGGCUAAGGGCAACCGUGCAUGGAGCUAUUGUCAUUUUGCCUAAGCAUGGUGUUCCUUACCCGUUCCCUAAGCCUGACCACGAAAAAGUUGUCAUUUUAGGUGAAUGGUGGAAAUCGGAUGCAGAUGAUGUGAUGAAUCAGUGGAUACAAACUGGUAUGCCGCCUAAUGUAUCGGAUGCACACACCAUCAAUGGCUACCCGGGUCCUGUUCCCAAUUGCAGUACUUCUACAGGAUACACCUUGCACGUGGAAUCUGGGAAAACAUACUUGCUUCGUAUAAUCAAUGCUGCACUGAAUGAAGAUUUGUUUCUUAAAAUCGCUAAGCAUCAAUUUACGGUUGUUGAAGUUGAUGCUUGUUAUGUGAAGCCAUUCAAAACAGAUACGAUAUACAUUGCCCCAGGCCAAACCACAACCGCCCUUUUAACUGCAGAUCAAAACUCUGGCAAGUACUUGAUGGCAAUUUCUCCUUUUAUGGACACCAUUGUCGCGGUUGACAACCAAACUGCAAUAUCCACUUUACGCUACAAAAGUACCAAAAUGUACUCACCGACCAUCCUCACCGCCCUUCCUGCAGUAAAUGCCACAUCAGCGACAAAUGUCUUUAUCGAGUCUCUUAAAAGCCUUAAUUCUGCAAAGUACCCUGCCUUGGUCCCAUUAAAAAUCGACCACUUUUUAACGUUUGUUGUAGGGGUGGGAGUGAACCCAUGUUCUACUUGUAUUAAUGGAAGCAGAGUUGUGGCGGGCAUUAAUAAUGUUACAUUUGUGAUGCCCACUACACCUCUGCUUCAGGCACAUUAUUUUAAUAUAAGUGGUGUUUACACCGAUGAUUUCCCAGGAAAUCCGGUGGCACCAUAUAACUACACGGGUAGUGGCCCGUUAACAAAUAUGCAAAUUACCAAUGGGACUAAAGUUUACCGCUUGGCAUAUAAUUCUACGGUUCAAGUUGUGAUUCAAGGUAAUUCGGUGAUAGCACCAGAAAGCCACCCGAUACAUCUUCAUGGAUUUAACUUUUUUGUGGUUGGAAAAGGGAUGGGGAAUUUUGAUCCAUUGAAUGAUCCGAAGAAGUUUAAUCUAGUUGAUCCGGUUGAGAGAAACACUCUUAAUGUACCCACGGCUGGAUGGACAGCCAUAAGAUUUCGAGCUGAUAAUCCAGGAGUGUGGUUUUUGCACUGUCAUUUGGAAGUACACACGACAUGGGGGCUAAAGAUGGCGUUUUUGGUGGAUAACGGUAAAGGACCAAACGAAUCAAUUAUACCGCCACCAAAGGAUCUUCCAACAUGCUGAUCAACAAUAUUUUGCGAAUUAUGAAACAAUCUCUAGAUAUAUUAUUGCCCAAGAAAAAAUUCAUUGAAGUGUGGAUACGAACAACAACGAUCGGUCUGCUUAGCAUUUGUUAGAGAAAUAAAGACGGAAUCGGUAAGGUAUUUUGAUUUUGGUGUUUGAUUAUUGAUUCAGAGAACAUUUUUCUCUUCAAAUUAAACUUGUCUUUGUUGUGAGAUAUGUACAGUAGA